CGAUAAAUACUAUUUUUAUUUUCGUGAAUCGUUUACGUAAAAACAACAAUAAUUGUUUUUUAGGCCCGUCGUGGGCUUUCAAAGUUCAACUAAAUCCUCAGUGCAGUGAAUGCCCAUAAUGGCAGAAACUUGUGAUUGGCAGUUAAGAUGUACGGAGCUGAAGCACCGAGGUUCUCACCUUUUACAAUCCGGCCAGUGGUCUGAUUGCUCGUUCCUGGUGGGCUCGGAGCCGCACCAGGUCGUGGUGCCGGGCCACAAGCUCAUUCUGGCCAUGGCGUCGCCGGUGUUCGAGGCCAUGUUCUACGGAGGAAUGGCCGAGAGAAACGAGCCUAUUCCAAUUUUGGAUGUUCAACCAGAAGCUUUCAAAGCGUUGCUAGAAUAUAUCUAUACAGACAACAUAAAUAUCAGCUCUUUUGACAAAGCCUGUGAGCUGUGCUACGGAGCCAAGAAGUACAUGCUGCCACACCUGGUGAAAGAGUGCACGCGGUAUCUCUGGUCAGACUUGUACCCGAAGAAUGCAUGCCGCGCUUACGAGUUUGCCAGAUUGUUUGAGGAGAGUGUGCUUAUGGACAAAUGUAUACAGAUAAUAAGUACGAACACAAAAGAAGUGCUCACAGACAGCAGUUUCGAAGAAGUUGAACUCAGCACAGUGAUAACUGUGUUCUCGCUGGAGCACCUGAACGUGGACAACGAGCUGGACCUGUUCGAGGCGGCGGCGCGGUACGCGCGUGCGCAGGCGCGCCGCCAGCCCUCCCCGGGGCCUGCGAGCCCUAAGCCCGCCACCAGUGAGGAGAAGGUGGUGGUAGUGGAGAGCAGCGCGGAAAGCAGCCCACUCUCGGGGUCUGGCGAGGGGUGCGCCGCGAGCUCGGGCUGCGCGGGCUCCGCUGAAGGCCCGCCGCGGCCCGGCGCGGAGCCCGACGCGGCGCACCCCGCCCGCCCCGGCGCCGGCGAGGGCGCCAAGACUGAGCCCGAGCCCGGCACCAGUGACGCCUGCACUAGGACAGACAAGCCGAGCAUCCGUCACGCCAUCGAGAAGAUCCGGUUCCUCACGCUCACGCCCCAGCAGUUCGCCGAGGGUCCCGCGCGAUCCUCACUCCUCACAGAAUCCGAGGCCUUCGCGGUCCUCAUGAACAUCCUCUCCAGCAGCUCUGACGUUCCACUGCCAGAUGGCUUCAGUUCCUGCCGCGUGCCGAGGAAACAGCUCAUCGGCAGCGGGCCAUCCAAUAAUAUGCCGACGUUCACGGUGGACACGCCCUCGCCCGUGAUGGUGGAGCACCCGGAGCGCCCGCUGGCCGCGCUGCCCUACCCAAGGCCCCGGCACGAUGUCCCAGGUGUCCGACUGUCCUCUUCCAUCCACACGCUCUCGGCGCUCGGGCCCGAGCACCUAGAGCGACACAGCAACGACUUCAACAAGAUCUACUGCCAACGGCCCAUCAUACAGCACACCGACUGUCUCAACACCAGCGUUCUAGACUGCUCGGUCACCUUCAUGGUGGACAAGAACAUCUGUCUACUCGGAGUUCAGGUUCCGACGCAAGCGCCAAGCGAAGAGAGCGCCGUAUCCGCGCUCGGCGGGACCGGCUACUCGGAACUUCUAUACGCCCAUCUAUUAGACGCGGACGGCGCGAGGCUCACGUACACACACUACACUAACCGUGUGCCUUACAGACAUCUACUGGACAUCAUGUUUAACAGACCGGUCUAUAUACAGCGGAACAAGGUAUACAAGGUGGGCAUAGUGUUCAACAAAGUGGGCUGGUACCCGAUGGGUUCCUGCGCGCAGCAGGUGGCCGCCGAGUCCGUCUUCUUCAACUUUGGGAUUGGGCAGUCGAGCGACUCCGUCCGCGACGGACUUAUACGGUCCAUCAUAUUCACCUACUAGCACACACACGGUGGAUACGUCCACAUCAC